AUGGAGAUUGCGGCUGAGUGCGAGCACCACAUGGAGCCGGUGCUGGUGGCACCGAGCCAGCCGACGCCGGGGCACACCCUCUACCUCUCCAACCUCGACGACCAGUGCCUCCUCCGCUUCUCCGUCGAGUUCCUCUUCGUGUUUGCGGGUGCGGUCGACGUCGACGCCCUUAGGACGGCGCUGUCCAGGGUCCUCGUCGACUACUACCCACUCGCCGGCAGGCUCGGGCCCGGGGACGACGGCAAGCUUGUCGUCGAUUGCAACGCGGAGGGGGCGCUUUUCGGGGAGGGCUCCCUGCCGGGGCUCACUGCCGACGAGUUCCUCCGGGGGUCUGUCAUUGCUAAGCCUCACGAGUCUUGGAGGAAGCUGCUCCGCGGAGCCGAGGCGCGGAGCUUCCUUGCCGUGCCCCCACUCGUCGUCCAAGUGACUCACCUCGGUUGCGGCGGCACCGUCCUUUGCUCGGCCAUCAGCCACUGCCUCUGCGACGGCAUCGGCGCCGCGCAGUUUCUCCAUGCGUGGGCGCGCGUCGCCAGGUUCGAAGCCGCUGAUCACCACGUCACGCCCUUCCAUGACCGCUCAGUCCUGAGGCCACGCUGCCCUCCGCGCAUCGCGUUCGAGCACCAGGAAUACGCCAUGAACUCCCUCCCCGGCGACGGUGACCCGGUGGUGACGCCCAGCCUCUUCGUCGGACCGCUGGCGCCGGUGUCUCUGACCUUCACGGGGGCACACGUCCAGCGCCUCAAGGACCGGUGCGCGCCGUGGCUCGAGGAGUGCACAUCCUUCGAGGCGCUCGCGGCGCACGUCUGGCGCGCGUGGGUGCGGUCCCUCGGUCCUCCGAGCGACCUCCGCGUGAACAGGGCCGGCCCUGUGUUUUGGGAGACCCUAGGGGAACUCGGCGACAUGAGCCCCUAUGGCCGGCCCUGCCUGUCGGCGAGCCUGGUGAUCUCGGCGUGGACGCGGAUGGGGCUGGAGGACCUGGACAUCGGGGCCGGGCGGCCGGUGCACGUGGGCCCGCUGACCAGCGAGACGUACUGCUUGUUCCUCCCGGUGGUCGACGAUCCCCGUGGCGUGACUGCGCUGGUGUCGGUCCCGGAGGCGGCCGCCGAGAGGUUGGAGGACGACUUCCUUCAUGGGUUGGAAUUGGAUGACAUGCAUGACGUGGAAAACGACGAGCAGUAA